GAAGGCGGGAGCCCGAGCGGGACGCGCCGGUGCCGCUGCGGUGAUCUGAGCCCGGCACCGGACCCGGUUCUCUCUUGCAUCCGAGGCGAGGACCCCUUGCCCUCUGCUCGACCCUCGAGCCCUUCCACUCGCCGGCUGACCCCUGCAAGGCAUGAGCUGCGCGCGGGAGCCCGAGGCUUCAGCGCGGUCAUGAGGCGCUGGCGCGGGAGCGGCGGCUGUGCGACGGCAGCCCCCAGGUCCCCUCCGGGCGCGGCGCCUCCGGGAUGAGCCCCCCGACACGCGACUGCCUGAGCUGAGAUUUACCCCCAGUGCCCCACCUCCGUUCUGCGCGCCCGAGCCCGCGGGCACUCGGCCCCUGCAGCUUCCCGCCGAGACACCUGCGCACUGGACCAGACGGACGCCCAGCGAAUCGGACUCGCCUGCCUUCCCAGGCUCUACCCCGCGCCGCGGGCGCCUGAGCAGAGGCGCUCAGAGAGCGGGCGGCCCACCGUGCGGCAGCGAGUGUCAAGACCUUUCUGGAACGAAAACCUCAUACGUACGCACGCCAGCUUGAGGGAGGGGCGCACAGUCGCAGACAGACACCUGGCUGGUCCGGCACCCUCUCCGUCUCCAACACCACAACUCCCAACUCCACCUUGUCAAUAAAGGUUUCUAAACUCGUCCAGGCACCCCCCCCCCGCCCCCUACCCACAGCCCCGAGACGCAGUGCGCACAGGGCUCGGCCCUCGCCGCCCACAGAGACCUCGGCAGCGGUGGCGCACAGCCCGGCAGGCGGACGCGGACUCUGGAGGAGCGCGCAGGUCACCUCCAGACAGUGACAGCCCGCGGGUCCCGGAGCCCCCAUCCGGAGCCGGCUCACCCUAGGACUCGGCGGCGGGGCGGCGCGGCCCGCGGCCCGAAGGAGCGCAGGGAGGAGGGGAGGUGGUUCGUCGGAAUAACCUCAACAUGGAAAGUGCCUCGACAUCAGAAACCAACUCUCCUCUCUCCAAAGAAACACCAGGGGAGCAUUCGGACCACCAGGAUGCACACCAACCAUUCCCCAGACAGCAAUUCCAGCAAGAGGCUGGGCCCCCUUCAUUACAAAGAGAUGGCCCCAGAUCCUUUCUCCUUGAUCUACCAAACUUUCCAGAUCUUUCCAAAGCUGAUAUCAAUGGGCAGAAUCCAAAUAUCCAGGUCACCAUAGAGGUGGUGGACGGUCCUGACUCUGAAGCAGAUAAAGAUCAGCAUCCGGAGAAUAAGCCCAGCUGGUCAGUCCCAUCCCCCGACUGGCGGGCCUGGUGGCAGAGGUCCUUGUCCUUGGCAAGGGCCAACGGCGGGGACCAGGACUACAAGUACGACAGUACCUCAGACGACAGCAACUUCCUCAACCCCCCUGGGGGGUGGGACCGUCCGGCCCCAGGCCACCGGACUUUUGAAUCCACAGAGCAGCCAGAAUAUGAUUCCACAGACGGUGAGGGAGACUGGAGUCUCUGGUCUGUUUGCAGCGUCACCUGUGGGAACGGCAACCAGAAACGGACCAGGUCUUGUGGCUACGCGUGCACUGCAACGGAAUCUAGGACGUGUGACCGUCCAAACUGCCCAGGAAUCGAAGACACCUUCAGGACAGCUGCCACCGAAGUGAGUCUGCUUGCGGGAAGUGAAGAGUUUAAUGCCACCAAACUGUUCGAAGUUGACACGGACAGCUGUGAGCGCUGGAUGAGCUGCAAGAGCGAGUUCCUAAAGAAGUACAUGCACAAGGUGAUCAACGACCUGCCCAGCUGCCCCUGCUCCUACCCCACCGAGGUGGCCUACAGCACGGCCGACAUCUUCGACCGCAUCAAGCGCAAGGACUUCCGCUGGAAGGAUGCCAGCGGGCCCAAGGAGAAGCUGGAGAUCUACAAGCCCACGGCCCGGUACUGCAUUCGCUCCAUGCUGUCCCUGGAGAGCACCACACUGGCCGCCCAGCACUGUUGCUAUGGCGACAACAUGCAGCUCAUCACCAGGGGCAAAGGGGCGGGGACGCCCAAUCUCAUCAGCACUGAGUUCUCAGCGGAGCUCCACUACAAAGUGGACAUCCUGCCCUGGAUUAUCUGCAAGGGCGACUGGAGCAGGUAUAACGAGGCCCGGCCUCCAAACAACGGACAGAAGUGCACAGAGAGCCCCUCGGACGAAGAUUAUAUCAAGCAGUUUCAAGAGGCCAGAGAGUAUUAAAGAGACACCACCUCUGUUGUUCAUGACACAAACGCACUGCACUGAUCCGCCACCUGGCACAGAGUCCCUCUU